CCGACAUACGACAUUGUCCAAGUAUUAAUUGUGCGGAAUAAAGUGAGUUGCCUUUCCUCCGUGUGUAUUUUAGUCGAAGCUGUGCGGCUAAACCGUGAGGUUCAGGCAAAUCGUUUCAGAAAAAUAAACUCGUAAACUGGAACACGCCAAGGGAUUGCAAGUACCAGUAUGUUAGCCGCCGUUCCCGCCUGUCUGGCCCUGCUCGCUGUGAUAAGCUCACAGGCUCUGUUCCCCCAGGCAGCUCCCUUCCCAGCAAUCGAGAAUGCUGCCUUCACCAGCUACGAUUUACAGGCCGAAGAGUCGGCGCCGGCUUUAAGCCAGGUCCAUGUCCAGCAUAAUCGGCACCGUCGACAUCAUGGGGAAGGCAAUUACCAUGGUCAUAGCCACCACAAGCGGCACUGGGAUCACCAUUUUCCCGGCCCGGACUGUCAUCAUCCAGGCGGCUUUGGGUUUGAGCAUCCACCGCACUAUGGGCCACCACACCAUCGGUUCGAGCCAUUUCCUCACGGGUUCGAGCCCUUUCCAAACACCUUUGGACCGCCGGAAUAUGAGGAGCAUCAGCGCCCCUUCAAAGCGGACCUGGAGCCCUUCAAUGAUAACAAGAAGUCGGGUCCACCCAGCACGACUAGUGUAGCUCCGCCACCUGCCCCAUCUUCCAUCCCAGAAACUUCCACAACCACAACUGCAAGAAGCACAACCUCCACCACCGCAGCAACCACUGCUGCACCCACCAGUUCCAGUUCCAGCACCGAAGAUGCCACCUUGGCCAUUGACAUACGCCUGGGCUGACAACUUAGACCUAAGACUCCUAUUCUUUUCUGUAUUGUGUGACAUUAAAGGGGCUACCUUAACCACAA